GUCAUCGCCAGCGCCGCCGUCGGCUUCCUGCUGAUCGCGGGCUUCAUCGCGCUCGUCGUCACCGCCAACGACCCCGAGCUGGGCGACCGCAUCGCGGAGGCCGCGAGCGCCGAGGGCAGCAUCUACGACAAGCCCUCGUUCUUCGAGGUCGGCCCGCUCGGUUCGUUCAUCAAACUCGCGAAGACCUCCGUCCUCGCCGCGCAGACGGACGGCGGCAUCCUCACCGUCGCGCUCACCUUCGCCGGCGUCGGCGUCGGGCUCGGCUUCCUCAUCUGGCUCGGCUACAGCAUCUCCGCCCUCGCCGUCGCGACCAUCGGCUGGGGCCUCGCGUGGCUGCUCUCGUUCGCCGACGCGACCCAGGGCCUCGCCUCGAUGAUCACCGCCGCGGUGCCCCUGAUCAUCACCUUCGGCGUCGGCAUGCGCGCCGCCAGCGCCGCGCUCUCGGGCCCCUGGCCCUGGGCCGCGAUCGCACGCAACGUCAUGAGCGAAGCCGUCCGCAUGAAGAUCUCCUUCGUCUUCAUCGUCAUGCUCAUCAUCGUCCUCGCCCUCACGCCAUCGCUCCUCUCCGAGGACCAGCCCCUGCGCUACCGCGUCCAGCAGUGGCUCCAGUACGGCACCGGCCUCUCCUACGGCGUCCUCGCCCUCCUCACGCUCUUCCUCUCCGUCGCCUCCGUCACCUACGAGCAGCGCGACCGCGUCAUCUGGCAGACCGUCACCAAGCCCAUCCCGCGCUGGCAGUACAUCCUCGGCAAGUGGACCGGCGUCAUGGUCCUCAACGCCGUGCUCCUCUCCGUCACCGCCUUCGGCGUCUACCUCUUCACCGAGUACCUCCGCUACCUGCCCGCCAACGGCGAGGCCGCGUACCUCGAGCCCAAGGUCGAACCCGGCGAGAACCCCGACCUCAGCCGGAUGGUCGAAGACCGACGCAUCCUCGAGGAGCAGGUCCUGGUCGCACGCGUCUCCCGCGGCAUCGAGCCGCUCCAGCCCAACGAAGCCCGCUACGACGAGCUCGUCCGCGACCGCAUCGAGGCCGAAAAACAACGGGACUCCGACUUCCAGGACACCAUCGCCGAGCGCCGCCGCAUCCGCGAAGAGAUCCGCCAGCAGUGGGUCGAUGAUCUCAACAGCGCGAUCGAUACACGCAUCCAGAGACUCGAGGCCGACGCCGUCGUCGUCCCCAACACCACCAACGCACGGCUGAAGAUCGCCGCCGAGAUCAUCGAAAAAUUCGAGACCGAGUACCGCACCAUCCCGCCGGGCGGCACCCAGGUCUACCGCGUCCGGGGACUCGAGGAUUUCCACGCCAAGGUCGUCGACUACUACAGGAAAGUCGACGCGGCCGAAGACCUCUUCCUCCCGGAAAUCAACCGCAGGAUCGACGAGGCGCUCGCCGAUCCCAGGAACGCCUUCACCGAGGACGCGCUGAGCUUCAGGAUCACCAACACGGUCAAAAACGAGUGGGAGCGCGAGGGCCGCCUCCCAACCGAGCCGAAGCUCAUGCUCCGGUACAAGGUCAACUCCGGCUCCAACGACCCCGCCGCGAUCUACCAGCUCACCUUUGCGUUCCGCGGCUUCCUGCCCAACGAGCGGCAGGUCUCGCUCGAGGCCCCGCAGGUCAUGAACAUCCCCAUCGGCGCCGUCGAGGCCGACGGGACGCUCUCCAUCCAGAUCUUCAACGGCUCGCUCCGCCCCGACGGCAUCGUCGGCAACCCCGGGUCGAUCCACUUCGAGCCCGACGGCAUCGAGGUCAUGUACGCCGCGGGCGGGUACGAGCUGAACUUCGUCCGCAUCAUGGGCGUGAUCUUCGUGAAGCUCGGAUUCAUCGCCGCGGUCGGCAUCGCCGUCUCGACGUUCCUGAGCUUCCCCGUCGCGUGCCUCGUGGCCCUCGCCAUCUUCUUCAUGGCCGAGAGCUCGGGCUUCCUGGGCGAAUCGCUGCAGUACUUCAGCACGGAGAACUACGAGGAGACCGGCCACAACUACUUCAAGGUCGCCGCCCGCGCGAUCUCCAUCCCCGUCGCCUGGCUCUUCAGCGCUUUCUCCGAGCUCAAGCCCACCUCCCGCCUCGUCGACGGACUGCUCGUGAGCUGGUCGCUCUUCUUCCGCGCCGUCGCCGUCGUCGGAUUCCCCAUGCUCGAUCGCGGCACGAUCAUCCAGCUCGUCUCCAUCGCCGUGCUGUCGCUCUGCCUCGCCGCAUCGGGCGUGAUGAGCACCAUGCUCACCGCCGAGGCCGGCCGCGCCCAGCUCGUCUACACCGACGAGGCCGAGGAGGGCGACCCGCCGGAGGUCGCGCUGGGCAUCGCGCUGGGCGCCUUCCGCGGGCUCUUCGUGAACUACCUCUGGAUCCGCGCCAACCGGCUCAAGCAGGAGGGCAAGUUCUACGAGGCCAUCGAGCUGAGCCAGACCAUCACCCGACUCCAGCCGCGAUUCCCACGCGUGUGGAUCUUCCACGCGUGGAACAUGUCCUACAACAUCUCCGUCGCCACCAACACCGAUUCCGAACGCUGGCAGUGGGUCAAGGCGGGCGUCGACCUGCUGCGCUCCGAGGCCAUCCCGCGCAACCCCAACAACGUCCUGCUCCACAAGGAACUCGCCUGGAUCUUCGUCCACAAAAUCCAGGGCUGGUCCGACGACGCGAACCACUACUACAAACGGAUGCACGCCCGCGAGUGGCAGAUCGUCCUGGGCACACCGCCCUCGAGGCCGCCCACCGCCCAGUUCGUCGACAUGCGCGACGAGUACGCGAACUGGCUCCGCCCCGUCCUCGAGGCCCCCGAAACCGUCGACGGCGUCGUCGCCCGCGAGCUCGCCGACCUCGAGGACGCCGGCGAGAACAACCCGUCCUCGCGCGUCCGCGAGCUCGUCUCCGCACUCCGAAACCGCGCCAACCUCGGCCUCGACGAGGACCUCCUCCGGCUCUACGAGAUCCGCAAGGCCUACCGCACCGCCUGGUGGACCGACGGCGGCACGCUCCCCCUCGCCGAGGAGAACCGCAACGCCGCCCUCGACGAGCUCCUCGCCGACGAGCGCCUCGCGGACGCCUGGGAACGACUCAUCCCCCACGUGCGCCGGCGCGUCCUCCUCGACGAGUACAACAUGGAGCCGGCGCGCAUGAUCGACUACACCCAGCGCUUCGGCCCCCUCGACUGGCGCCACCCCGCGACCCACUCCCUCUACUGGUCCGUCCGGGGCGUCGAAGAGGCCGCCGAACGCACCAUCCGGGACGACUUCAACUCCGUCAACACCGACCGCACCGCCAUCCACUCCAUCCAGGAGCUCUGGCGCACCGGCGACGUGGAAUACAACAUCCUCUCGGGCGAGUACUUCUCCCUGCCCAACUACGCCUACACCGACACCUACGGCGAAUACGUCGAGCUCCUCCAGGAGCGCGCGGGCAUCGCCGAAGAGGAGUACCGCAUCUUCCGUCUCUACUCCGAGGGACGCGAGAACUUCCUGCAGGACGUCAUCCGCGUCUUCUUCCGACGCGGCUGGUACGACCUCGCCGAGAAAUACCACGCCGAGCUGCGCAACGCCGACUGGAUCAACCUGAACGAUUCCGCCGGACGCUACGAGUACACCGACAGCCUCGAGGAAUUCGUGCUGCGACAGAUGGAGCAGGACCGCAUCAACGUCCCGCACGUCGCCAUCACCGAGAUCGAGUCCGCCCUCUACGAGGCCUUCCUCAGCGGCCUCUACCGAGGGAACCAGGAGCUCUUCCGCAACUCCCUCCGCUACGCCCUCACCGCGUGGACCGAGUUCACCGAGGAGCAGGCCAUGACGCGCACCACCGCCGCGCUCGAGCAGCGAAUGGUCGAGUACGUCGGCGAGAAUUUCUCGGUCAUGCUCAACCGCGUCCUCAUCCGGCUCCUCCUGGGCGACGUCUUCGCCGUCUCCGGGCCCACCAAGGCGACGCAGGACUCCGCGCGGCCCACCAACAUCGGCCCGAGCACCGCCGGCGAGCUCUGGCGCAAGCUCCCCACCGACUUCCAGCUCUCCGUCUACGACCUGCUCCUCAACGCCGCCCGCGUCCGGGGCAACAUCUCGCCCGCCCAGUUCGCCCAGAUCUUCCCCGCCCCGGAGGGCAUCGAGGAGUUCCGCGAACGCCUCGAAUCCGCCAGCGAAAAGAGCGACCGCGCCAUCCGACGCCAACAUCCCGGCGGGGUCGCCCUGCGCCGCGACAGCGGCGACACGGCCCCCGUCGGCCUCAUCCUCGCCAUCGGCCGCAACUACGCCGACCACGCCGCCGAGAUGGGCGCCGCGCCCCCCGAGCGCCCCAUGGUCUUCACCAAGCACCCCGGCAGCGCCUGCCUGAGCGGCGAGGACAUCGUCAUCCCCGCCAUCUGCGCCAACGAGGAACAGGUCGAUUACGAGGGCGAGCUCGCCGUCGUGAUCGGCAAGGCCGUCCGCGACGUCUCCGAGGCCGAGGCCGCUGACCCCGCAUCGGGCGUCAUCGCCGGCUACACCGUCGCCAACGACGUCUCCGCUCGCUGGUGGCAGAAGCAGGGCGCCGGAGGCCAGUUCACGCGGGGAAAAAGCUUCGACACCUUCUGCCCCCUGAGCCCGAAGGUCGCCCCCGCGAGCGAAGUGGGGGACCCAUCGAAGCUCACGCUCACCACGACCGUCUCGGGCGAACGCAUGCAGCACGCGAGCACCGGCGCGAUGACCUUCCAGCCCGCCUUCCUCGUCGCCGAACUGAGCAGAGGCACGACCCUCCCCGCCGGCACGCUCAUCCUGACGGGCACCCCGAGCGGCGUCGGCGCCUCGCGCACACCCCCGCGCUUCCUCCGCGACGGCGACACCGUCGAGAUCACCAUCGGAACCGAACGCGACCCCGAACUCGUGGGUCGCUUAGUCAACGCCGUGCGCGAUGAGCGCGCCAAGGGAUCCACACUCACCGGGACCCAGGUCCGCCAGCAGUUCAUCGCCUUCUUCGAGCAGCGUGCGCACCACAAGUUCGUCCCCUCCUCCCCCGUCGCCCCGCUCGACGACCCCACCCUCCUGUUCACCAACGCGGGCAUGAACCAGUUCAAGCCCAUCUUCCUGGGCCAGCUCUCCCCCGGCUCCCCGCUCGCCGGCGUCACACGCGCC